CAUACAUGUAAUAGACAUUCACAUACAUGCAACACACUCAUAAAUAUACACAAAUAUGUUGUUUCGCAAGAUUCGAAUCCUGCAUCACAAACAGAAAUACACGAAUGAUUAACCAACUCAGCAGAGCUCCGAUGGGUCGAUGUCUCCUUAGCUAAGCACAAUAAAGUCCACUCCAUACAAUCCCUUGUGAGAUCUAAAAACCAGUCCCAUUACUCCACCCAACGAAAUACUAGCCAGUAGUGCAGCUCUCACAGCCAUACCAUGAACAAUCCAAGAAGAAGAAGAUUCUUGCUUCUUCUUCUUCUUCCCAUUUCGAUCAUUGUUUUAGUCAUGGCGUCAUUCUCAACCCCCAAAGAAGACGAAUCACAAAUCCCACAACUACACAUCCACAAACAUACCCAAAUUGCCAACUCAGCUUGUGAAGGCACACUGUAUCCACAACUAUGCGUCUCAACUCUGGUCUCUGUUCUACCAGAUCUCCCCUCCAAAGCCACGAUCCCGCACUUCAUCUCCGCCACCAUAAACCGCACAAUGUACGAAAUCAGAGCCGCCGCCGGAAACUGCAUUGGCGUCCGUGAACGGCUCAAGAACAAUCUAACCCAGAUGGAAGAAAUAGCUAUAAGCGACUGUCUCGAGCUGUUCAAUAGCUCAUUAUCCGAGCUCAAAUCAGCGGUCUCUGAUCUCGCUUACACCAAAUCAGUCCCCCAACACUACCACGACUUGCAGACUCUGUUGAGCGGCGCGAUGACGAACCAGUACACGUGUCUCGACGGGUUCGCUGAUGGUAACGAAAAUGUGAGGGACGAAAUCAAGUUUAGUUUGUACAAUGUGUCUCAACAUCUUAGUAAUUCGCUUGCGAUGCUGAAGAAAGUACCCGGAGUGAACGAAUCGGAGCCCCGGAACACGUUCUCGGGUAUUGGGAGAAUGAAACGCGGGUAUCCUUCUUGGUUGUCGGUCAAAGAUCGGAAGUUGUUGCAGGCUCCAGUGAACAGUACCCAAUUUGAUCUAACUGUGGCCAUGGACGGUACUGGGAAUUUCAGCACCAUCGGUGAAGCGGUUGAUGCUGCUCCCAAGUCGAGCACAACAAGGUUUGUGAUAUAUAUAAAAGCAGGGGCGUACUUUGAGAAUGUGGAGGUGGAGAGAAAGAAGACGAUGUUGAUGUUUGUGGGAGAUGGGAUUGAGAAGACGGUGGUUAAAGCCAGCAGGAAUGUCGUUGAUGGAUGGACUACUUUCCGAUCAGCCACAGUCGCGGUGGUAGGCAACGACUUCAUAGCGAAAGGCAUAACAUUCGAAAACUCGGCCGGGCCGACCAAACACCAAGCAGUGGCCUUGAGGAGUGGUGCAGAUUUCUCAGCAUUCUACCAAUGUAGCUUCGUCGGCUACCAAGACACUCUCUACGUUCAUUCCCUUCGACAAUUCUAUCGAGAAUGCGAUGUUUACGGCACAGUCGACUUCAUCUUCGGCAACGCAGCUGCAGUUUUCCAAAACUGCAACUUAUAUGCUCGCAAACCGAACGAAAAUCAGAAAAACAUGUUCACAGCACAAGGAAGAGAAGACCCGAAUCAGAACACCGGAAUUUCAAUCCUGAACAGCAAAAUAGCCGCUGCAACGGAUUUAAUUCCGGUGAAAUCUUCCUUUAAAACUUAUUUGGGUCGUCCAUGGAAGGAGUAUUCGAGGACUGUCAUUAUGCGUUCUUACAUUGAUGACUCUGUCGACCCUGCUGGAUGGCUUGAAUGGAAUGCGACGUUUGCACUGAGUACUCUGUGUUAUGGUGAGUAUAUGAACAGAGGUCCCGGGUCGAAUACGAGUGCGAGAGUGACAUGGCCUGGUUAUAGGGUCAUCAACAGCUCUACUGAGGCUAAUCAGUUCACUGUUGAGCCAUUUAUACAGGGGAAUGAGUGGCUCAAUUCUACUGAGAUUCCAUUUUUGGUUGGACUGAUGAGUUAAUUAAGAGCGAAGAAUGCCAGUUGGAGGAGUAUGUGUCAUAGUGUCAUGUAUCAGUAAUGAUAGGUAUUGCAGUUAUUCCAACUACUGAAUUUGUAUGCACAAGAUUCUAUGUGUAUCAUGUUAGACAUGUGGAGUUCACAAAUUCAUUUAAAUUUUGUGUGUCAAACUUGGCAGUUGGGGCAAUAAAUAUCUUCGGGAUAUCAAUU